CAAUCCCUCCGUAUGUUCUUCUAUAUUACUUUUAUUGGAAGCGGUUCUCUUGGGGGAUUUAUAGCCACAUCACAGCUGAUUGGAGCACUGGCAAAUUCAUCAAGAGCUGCUGAAGUUCCAGAGAUCGCACAAGGUCUUGCUAUAGACAUUGGAGCAGUCUCCAUAUUUUCCUUUCUUUAUUACAGGGAGAAUAGAGCUAAAAAUGCUCAAAUAGCUAAGCUCUCAAGAGAAGAGAACCUCUCAAAUCUAAAGCUUCGUGUGGUUGAGAAGAGAAUUAUUCCUGUUAGUGAUUUUAGAGGAAUUGCUUGUUUGGACAUUCUUGCUGGUCCUUCAUCUUUCAUUUCUGAGUGUUUUAAACUCAGUGAACCAUUUACUAAUGCCCUUGUAGAAAGAGGAGUGCUUGUUGUUCCAUUUGCCACUGAUGGGAAUUCACCUAGUUUUGAGUUUGAGGAAAAUGAAGAGAUGAGGGAAAAGAAUGCCCGGAGAAAAAGGCUAUGGCAGCUUUCUCCGGUUUAUGUAACUGACUAGAUCAAGUAGGAGGAAGCUUGAAGAUGAAGAUUUGCUUGAGCUAGUUUAGAGAGCUCCCGGCUCUAAUAUGUGCAUGUCUUGCCUCUUGGGGCAAAAAGCUCUCUAGAAGAGAUUCUUGGGGUAGCUUCUAGCCUUAGGGGCCCAUUCGGGUUUUGUGCCAUGAAUGGUGGAGUCUUUAUAGGCUCCAAGUAUAGCACACACUCGGAGUUGGGAGUGUCUUUAGCUUGGCUUGGAUCCAUAG